GAUAUCUUGGAAGGAUGCAUAGCUCCUAUUGAGCUGUCUCCUUAUGCCGGCUGGGUCCUGGACACACUGAUUGGGCAAUCAGCCCAAGAAACCAAACCCUCCAAAAGUUCAACACCUAAAGAUGCCACUCCCCUCACCAGUGAGUCAUCCUCUCCGGAGGAGAUCACUUCUACUAGCCCCCAGGGGUCGUCUCCACCGUCAUCUACAAAGCCAAGUGAAGUAAAGGGAAAUGAAGAGCUGGAAGAAGAUCAAGAAGUCCUCCUAGCAGCUAAGCCAUCUAGAUAUACACAGGUUGAAGGCUGCAUUCGGAUGUAUCAAGAGAUAAGCAGGAUGAGAGCACAGGAGAGGCUGAGGCAGCGGAAGGAAGAGCAGGAGAAGAUGGCCAAGGCAGCUUAUGACCUGGCAAAAGAGCAGCUGAAGCGCUACGACGAGCUGAGGGAGCUGAAGCAGCGCCAGGAGUUACAGUACCUGCGAGAGCUGAUGGAGAAGAGCUCAAAGGAGGCUCAAGGACAGCAAGAGAAGUUGAAGGAAGAGCAUCGACACAGAGCAAAGGUACUGAACCUGAAGCUGCGGGAGGCAGAGCAGCAGCGGCAGCGGCAGGAGGAGCAGGAGCGGCUGCGGAAGGAGGAGGGGCAGGAGAGGCUGCGGCGCCUCUAUUCCAUCCAGGAGGAAGUGCUGCAGCUUAACCAGCAGAUUGAUCCCAAUUACAAACACAAAGACUUGCCAAGAAUCGAUCUUUCUGCCUACAGUAAUCGUGGCAACCAGAUCUGUGGGCUGGUGUCAGGACUCAUCCGCAGCACGAGUGAGAGAGGUUUCCCUACUCAAGCAGAUGUGGCCAACACUGAACAAGCACUGCAGGAGAUGCGAGGGUUGAUAUCCAGCAUGGAGCAAGAAAUUGCUGCAGCUGUGGAAGAAAAAAGGAGGAGAGAUGAAGAGGAAAAGAGACAAAAGCAGCAGGAGUUACUGAAAAAAGAGCAGAUGAAGGCUCAGACUCCUGCCCCUGCACAGCAGUCAGGGGGAAAGCAGCAAAAGGAAGGACUUCAAGUUAAGGCAGAUGAAGUUAUCAUGCAGUGGUACCAGCAGCUUCAGGACUCUGCUGAGCAAUGUGUUGCUUCUUUCAGUGAAAUCACCAACUGCGAAGGCAACAGUGAGGUGAAGAAGAUAAAAACAGGCUUGCAGAAAGCAGCUACGAUUCCUGUGAGCCAGAUAAGUAGAAUAUCAGGCUCUAAGCUGAGAGAGAUAUUUGACAAGAUCAAUAACCUGCUCUCUGGAAAGCCUGUUGAGAGUGGAAAGCAAACUGUGUCAGUGACUCAGCAUCCACAGGGUCUGGAUUUUGUUUAUUACAAACUUGCGGAGAAAUUUGUGCGCCAAGGAGAAGAAGAAGUAGCUUCUAACCGUGUUGCAGCUUUCCCAAUUGCUGUGGUGGCCUCAGGAAUUUGGGAAAUGCACCCUCGAGUUGGAGACCUCUUUUUAGCUCAUCUACACAAAAACUGUCCCUAUUCUGUGCCAUUUUACCCUGCAUGGAAAGAAGGCACUUCUAUGGAAGAGUAUCAAAGGAUGCUUGGAUAUCAAGUUAAGGAUUCUGUGGUGGAAGAGCAGAAUAACUUUCUGAAGCGGAUGUCGGGAAUGAUUCGUCUUUAUGCUGCUAUCAUUCAGCUCCGCUGGCCGUACGGAGACAAACAAGGGCCACAUCCUCAUGGACUGAACUAUGGAUGGCGCUGGCUUGCUCAGAUGUUGAAUAUGGAGCCUGUGGCAGAUGUGACAGCUACACUUCUCUUUGAUUUUCUGGAGGUGUGUGGCAAUGCUCUUGUGAGACAGUAUCAGAUUCAGUUCUGGAAAAAGAUGUGGCUUCUGCAAGAGGACUAUAUCCCAAGAAUUGAAGCAGUUACCAGCCCUGUGCAGAUGGGCUCCUUAAUGCGUUUGAAGAAAUUUGUGGAGACAUGUAUGGCAGAGAAGAAAAUUCCACUGCCAGCGGGUGCUCUGCAGCCUUCCUUUUGGAAAUCAUAA